AUGCUGCGAGUGCUCCAACCUCGACUCCCUACCCAUGGGCGUGCGCCGCUGCGCCGUCCCAAGGUGAUCGAGGGCUGCAUACGGCAGCACGGGCAUCGGCGACUUUCCACAACCGCCGAGCCGGCAAAACCUUCCUCGCCUGCUGCCGAGGAGCCCGGCUGGCCGCUAAAGUACAAAGUGGCGGGAGGGGCUAUACUGGGCACCAUCAUCCCGUACAUAUUCUCGUACGCCAUGGCAAACGACCCAGGGUCAAGGAGGCUGGUCAGCAAGCUAUCGCCGGGAAUCGCUACUACGCUGCCUGGCGGGGGGCGGCUUGGAGUGCAAUGGUUCCGGCAGCGACAGAAAGGCGGGCAUUUCUUUGACGAAGACCCCAAGCGACUCGAAUACCUGGCGCACGUGCCAGAUUGGAUCAACGAACCCGUGAGCAUGGAGAUUCGCACCGGCAGUGGAGAAACCCGCCGCCUUGACGGCUUGGACGCCCAGACGCCAUUCUCGUCCGUGGGUCGCCUGGUGCAAGGCGGGGGCUGGCUGACCGACUUUGACGUGUUGGACGAGGGGGAUACGGGCGACGGGGAGGCACAAUCAGGGCAGAUACCGGCCACGUGGGACAUUAGCAGUAGCGGCGCCAGUAGCGCCAGCAGUUACGAACACGAGGGCAGCUCCCCGUACUCGGCGACCUCUGCAAACACCAGCAGCGGCGUCGCCGCGGCCGUUAGAAGAGACGUGGCCGCGUGCAACAUCCGCUCGUGGUGGGACAUCGCCGCCCUGGAACAGGAGCAGGCUAGACAACCGGCGCCACUGGCGACGGUAGCGGGGUCGGCGUCAUCGUCCGGCAGCUCUUCGGCGAGGGCUGGUUCCGCCGGCGGCGGCGGCAGCGCUGCUGCCAGCUCGUCCGUGGGUACCGUGGGGGCGGCGAGGGGGUCUUCCGCCAAGAAAAUGUCCAACGCGGAGCAAGCUCGGGCGAUGAUCCAGCACCUUGAUGAAAUGGUGGAGGCGUUGGAAAGGGACAAGCUAACGGGCGUACGCUCGAUUGACGACGUGGAGGAGGCGGUUCGGGAGCUUCGCAGACAGCAGAAGGAACUGCGCCGAAAGCACCCGGGAAGGCGACGAUUCCUCGGGCUGUUUUGA